AUGGGUGGCACGGUCAAGCAACCGCCACCAUUUUGGCUGUCCCAAAUUGGGAACGAGCUCUUCCUGGAUGAAUACCCAGGGUGCCCAGGCCUUUCCCUCCUGGGCAUACGGGGAUCGCGAGCGGCCCCGGGGGAAACCACCCUGGUGUGGAAGCUCACCAGUGAUGAGGGUGAACCCAACAAGAGGGCUGGGCAUGGCCUGGAGCUCACGUUGGGGAUGCACCUUCCUGGAAUCUUUGCUGCGAGAACAAGGCUGGUUGGGGCGUUGGAGAUGGAGAAGCUCCAGCCCAUGCAUGCGGAGCCGUCGGCUCAGCGCAUCCUCCACAUGGCCUUUGUGAUCGUGGCCUUCUCGGCGGCGGGAGUUCUCACCAGGGACCUCAACAAGCACAAUUGGGGAGUACGAUCUCUCUCUCCCAACAGCUGCAUUGAGGAACUGGUGGCGCUGGAUGGGGCAGACUGGCAACAAGAGCCAAAGCCGGUCGCUUUCCCUCCUCGCCGCCGUUUGGAGUCAUGGUGGAACUGGAUCGAAAAGGUGGACCCUGAAACCACCUACUGGCUCCGGUGCUAG